CUUUGUAUUUAGCAGAUUUAAAAUUUACCGCGAUAUGACCAAACCCUAUAGAAAUAAUUAUUGUAGCCAAUCAGCUUACCAGCUGUUCCGUAAGAGCGAAAAAUGAUUGGCUAAUAUGGAGUGUCUGCUCGUGUCAUUUGCACUUCUGAGCAUCUAGAGAGACAGAGAGAGAGAGAGAGAGAGAGAGAAAAAAAACAAGCGAAAAAUCAAGGUGCAGAAGGCGAGAACAGACCAUCUGGGACGUGAAUGCAGUUGGAAAUGUAGAAAGGGAUGCAAUUUAUAUAACCUAAUCUGUCAAAAAUUUGUGUUUCGACAUCAACAAUAGUAAUGAUACAUUAUAAUAUCAUAACGUAGUAAAAAAUACACAAAUUGUAACAGCGUGAAAAUUACAUACAGAUGUAAUUAUUUAAAUAAAAGUAUUAUGGAAUAUUCGAGCCCAACAAUAUAUCGUCGGGAAUAAACUUAAUUUCGUAGAGAGAACUGAAACCUGAUUUACUUGUAUUAUAGAAGGAGCUAUUAACAUCAAUUAACGAUGGCAUCCGAAGAUGUUAAAUCUCAAACAACCGUGACUUCUUUGGAAGAGACUGGCCAGUCUGUUACUAGUAAUUUACAGCCGGAAAGUAAAGAUCAAAAUUCGCCUAAGCCACAAAAUCAAGUAAAUCGAAAUCAAAACAAUCUGCAGAGGAUACAGCAGCGCAAGCAGCAAAUGUAUAAUUGGCCACAAGUGAAGAAACUAUUGAAACUUGCAAGUUACAGCGCUUGUCAAAUGGAAGAGUGCAAAUGUAGUGGCUGGAGAACUGCACAACCAAUUUCAAAAACACAAAAAGGCGAGACACAGCAGCCUGUUAUAAACUUUUUUGAUCCAUGCAAGAUGUGUACUCAUACUUUAGAUAGUCACAUUAAGCAUAUAUCAGUGCAAUCUGAUGAUGAAAUCAACAGAUUAUUAGGAAUGGUUAUUGAUGCAGACAACAUUUUCAUGACUUUAAACAGAGAAAGAGAUAUCGAUACUAAAAAAGUAUAUUUUUAUUUAUAUAAAGUGUUGAGGAAAUGUAUUUUAUCUUUGAUAAAACCAAUCUUAGAAGGUCCAUUAGGACACCCACCGUUUGAAAGACCAAGCAUAAGGGAGGCAGUGAUGAAUUUUGUUCUAUAUAAAUUCAGUCAUUUGCUUCCAAGAGAAUGGCAUGUAAUGUCAGACAUGGCAAAUAUGUUUUUGCACUGCCUGAAUUAUUGGAAUUUUGAAGCGCCCAGUACCAGAGCUGCUCGAACUGCGGAGGAAAGCUCUGCUUAUAAACUUAGUUAUGCUCGUUGGCUUGUCUUCUGUCAUGUGCCUGCAUUUUGCGACUCGCUGCCGCAUUAUGAUACUCACACAGUUUUCGGAAAGACUUUGCUACAGGCUGUAUUCAGAUCAGUUUGUGAGCAAUUAAUGCUGAAAUGUCAAAGUGAAAGAGAAAAAUUAACGCCGGAGAGAAGGCCUUUACUUCUAACACAUUUUCCCAAGUUUCUUUCAUUGUUGGAAAAAGAAAUUUAUUCUGAUAAUUCGCCUAUUUGGGAUCCCGAAUUUAAACAGUCUGCACCUUCUCAUCUUCAAAUUGCCUUGGAAUCAAAGGCACACCAAGUGCGAAAGACAGGGGAAUUUGAAAGAGUCACUGUGCAACCAAAUGAGAAGGAUAAUUAUACUACAAUCAAUAUUAGUCCUGGAAUGAAGAAAAUUCAAGAAAAACGUUCAAACAUCGAAGUGCGCCUUGAUCCAAAGAGGCGAAAGAACGAAGAGACUUUUGAAGAUCUGCCGGAUGAGACUAUCGCUGAAAUUGUCGCGUCUAUUAAUGACACUAAUUAUAUAUCCGGUUCUGACGCGGUAUUUCCACCGGACGUUCCGCGGGACGAAACUGCUAAAAACGAAGAAAGUAAAAAGAUAAUAGAGUUUCAUGUUGUUGGAAACAGUCUUACACGACCAGUGUCUAAGCAAACUAUGCUCUGGCUGAUAGGAUUACAAGACGUAUUUAGUCAUCAAUUACCUGAAACGUUCAAAGAAUAUAUUACUCAGCUUGUUUUUGAUCCAAAGCACAAAACACUAGCCUUGAUAAAGGACAAUCGACCAAUUGGCGGUAUCUGCUUCUGUAUGUUUCCAAGCCAAGGUUUCACCGAAAUAGUGUUCUGUGCUGUCACGAGUCACGAGCAAGUAAAAGGAUACGGGACACACUUGAUGAAUAUGUUGAAAGAUUAUCAUAUCAAGAACAACAUACUACAUUUUCUCACGUUCGCAGAUGAUUUUGCUAUUGGAUACUUUAAGAAGCAGGGAUUUAGCAAAGACAUAAAACUGCCGAAAUCGGUACACCAGGGAUACAUUAAAUAUUAUGUAAAAGCGACAUUGAUGCAUUGUGAACUAAAUCCGAAGAUUGUGUACACUGAAUUCACGGCGGUUAUCAGAAAGCAGAAGGAAAUUUUAAAGAAGCUUAUUCAUCAGAAGCAACAAGAAAUACAGAAAGCGCAUCAAGGCUUGACAUGUUUCAAAGAAGGCGUAAGAAUAAUUCCCAUCGAGUCUAUUCCGGGAAUUAAUGAAACUGGAUGGAAAAGUUCCGCUCAAACUAGAACGAGAGGUGUGACGAAGGGAGCGCAAGGUGCCGAAUCGAUAGAGCCAAACCUAGAUAUGUCAGAUUCUCUAUAUAACACAUUAAAUGGUGUUUUGAACAGCGUGAAGAAGCAUAGUGCAGCGUGGCCUUUCUUGGAACCCGUAGAUAAAAAUGUUGCUCCAGAUUAUUACGAUCAUAUAAUAUAUCCCAUGGAUCUCAAAACCAUGCAAGAGCGUUUAAACGCUGGAUACUAUGUAAUUAAGAGAUUAUUUAUAGCAGAUAUGUUACGGAUCUUCACUAACUGCAGAUUGUACAAUAGCUCCGACACUGAAUAUUACCGAUGUGCCAAUGCCUUGGAGAAAUACUUUCAAACACGUAUGAAAGAAGUCGGUCUCUGGGAUAAGUAAAUCUAUUAAUACUGUUGUGAUACACACACAGAUACAUUAUAUAGAUAUAUAUAUAAUAACGAUAUGUUGGCAAUUGAAACUUCUUAACUUAUUCUUACUACAAAGUCUAUUUGCUUUAUAAAGAAAGUCCAUAUCGAGAAAUGCACACUACUUCUUGUGCAAUAUAUUUGUAUUAAAAGAAAAUUAGAUAUAUUCUUCUUAUAUGUGAAUCUGUAUGCAAAUAGCCAAACUAAAGGAAAAAGUGAAAAAUGCUUUUUUUUUU